GGAGGCGGUGUGCGUCUUUACGCAGCGCGCUGACGCUCUGACGUAGCGCGCUGACGCUCUGACGCUCUGACGUAGCGCCCUGACGCACACAGAUCACAGGUUAGCUGCGGUUAGCUGCAGCUUUAGCUCAUCAUCAUGAACUGGUUUGAGGGUUCGAUUCCUGACGCGAUAAACGAGGCUAAACGGCGCAGUCUGGUGUUUGUGGUGGUCAUCACAGGAGAUGACGCCCAGUCCACAGAGCUGCUCUCCACCUGGGACGACCCCCACGUGACGGAGGCAGCGCAGGGAUGUGUGGCCAUCAGACUCCACGACAAGAGUGAGGCGUGUGGACAGUUCUCCCAGAUCUACCCGGUGGUGUGUGUUCCGUCCAGUUUCUUCAUUGGGGACAGUGGGAUUCCUCUGGAGGUCAUCGCCAGCACCAUCUCUGCCCCUGACCUGGUGUCCAAGAUCCAGGCCGUCAAACAGAUGCACCAGGGACAGACUGCAGGUGGCGCUGUUCCUCCCUCCAGUUCUUCAGUUCAGUGUCUGUCACAAACUCCAGAGACUCCAGCGGCUCCAGUGUCUUCGUCCUCUGCUGCAGCUCACAGUCGUCCAGACGAGACGACCAGUUCUGUGGAGGAGAGAGCAGAGCAGAAGCCGCCCGAGAAUGAGACAAAAAGUGAAAUGGAACGACGCAAACUGGGGAAAGAACUUCAGGAGUUUAAAAGAAGACAGGAACAAGAGCAAACAAAAAGAGUCUUAGAAGAACGACAGAAGGAGAAGGAAGAAGAGAGAGUCGCGAGAGAGAGAGUCCGACAGCAGAUCGCACUGGACCGAGCCGAGAGAGCAGCUCGAUACGCACGAAACAUCCAAGAGGAGACCACGGCCAAAGAAGCACGAGCACAGGCACAACUCCACCAGCAGGAGGUCAAGAAGGAGGCGGCCGUGAGGCAGAGGAGUUCCGUAGCGCGGCUGCAGUUCAGACUCCCCGACGGCUCGUCCAUCUCCUCUCAGUUCUCCGCUCAGAGUCGCCUGAGGGAGGCGCUGCAGUUCGCUCAGCAGGAGGUAGGGAGUGUGUACGGGAACUUCACCAUGGCGACCAUGUUUCCUCGGAGAGAGUUCUCGUCCCAAGACCUGGACCAGACUCUGACAGAGCUGGAACUGGCCCCGAGCGCCUCCAUCGUACUACUGCCUGAGUCGUGUCGCCCUCCCUCCACUCUGGCGUCCCCCUCCUCGCUCUGGGCGUUCCUGGGCACUCUCUUCUACCCCCUGCUGGCCGUGUGGAGGAUGCUCAGCUCGUUUAUCUUUGGCUCCGGUCAGUCCACAGGGGGCGCUGCAGCCUCAGGGGACAGGGCACCGAGAGAGAGUGUGACGAAGCAGAGUCUCGAGAAACCGCCCAAAAACUUCAAAAAAGACGGAAAAAUCUGUCGCCUCAGAACACAAGAAGACAGCGAGGACGAGAACAACACGUGGAACGGCAACAGCACACAGCAGAUGUGAGGGUCACCACGGCAACAGCAAAAACACAAAACUGCUUCCAACUGUGCAAUAACCAGUACUCCAGAAUCCUGCCCAAUGUGAGAGAAGAACCCGAACCCAUGAGAUGUUUGAGGAGCACCGCUCAGACGCUCAGAGAACAGAAGAACGUGGAGGUGUUUGAGGAGCAACACUUAGAGGCUCACUUCAAUCCCAAUAUGGAAGAUAAAACUAGUAUCCAAACUAGAUACUCAUCUGAAAAGCAUCACCAGGUCUGAACCAGGUCUGAACCAGGUCUGAACCAGGUCUAAACCAGGUCUAAACCAGGUCUAAACCAGGUCUAAACCAGGUCUGAACCAGGUCUAAACCAGGUCUAAACCAGGUCUGAACCAGGUCUGAACCAGGUCUAAAUCAGGUCUGAACCAGGUCUGAACCAGGUCUGAACCAGGUCUGAACCAGGUCUGAACCAGGUCUGAACCAGGUCUAAACCAGGUCUAAACCAGGUCUAAACCAGGUCUGAACCAGGUCUAAACCAGGUCUAAACCAGGUCUGAACCAGGUCUGAACCAGGUCUAAAUCAGGUCUGAACCAGGUCUGAACCAGGUCUAAACCAGGUCUAAACCAGGUCUAAACCAGGUCUGAACCAGGUCUAAACCAGGUCUGAACCAGGUCUGAACCAGGUCCGAACCAGGUCUUGAUAAAAGACUACUAAAAGUUAAUAAAACAAAACUUUGAGACUGAACC